UCAACAAAAUCAGAAGAGUCAAGCUACCCUAAACUUGCUGCACUGCCCGCUGUACAAACAUUUACCUCUAAUGGCUUCCGAUUCCAGUUCCAGAUAUUCUUCAACCAGACGAUUGAGGGCAUUCAAGAGGUGGAUGAAGUCCCAAGGGAUCGAAUGGAGCGAUGCCCUCGAGUUCAUCGACUCCCCGGAAAAUGGGAUUUCAGUGAGGGCGUCGUAUGAUUUGAAGGAAGGUGAUGUUGUGGCUAAAAUACCCAAGAGGGCUUGCCUCACCAUUAAGACCAGUGGGGCUCGGGAAAUUAUCGACUCAGCUGGUUUGGAUGGAAGUCUUGGUCUGUCCGUGGCAUUGAUGUAUGAGAAGAGCUUAGGAGAGGAGUCUCCUUGGGCAGGAUAUCUUCAGCUCUUGCCUCAUCAAGAAUGCGUGCCCCUGGUUUGGACUGUUGGCGAGGUGGAUUCUCUUCUCAUUGGGACUGAGUUGCAUAAGUUUCUGGUUCAUGAUUUACAAACUAUGUGAUAAAGUUAAAGGAUCAGUAAUUGGAAAGUGGGUUACUUGUUUAUUAAUUUGUUUGUCAUGCUUUUGUUACUUAUCUAAUUUAUUGUCAUGUUUAAUGUAACGUUACUGAAUCUGAGGUCUGGGAAAUAUGAAACUAAAAUAUUUGUAAAAUGCCAAAGUUAUAAUGAGCUUGUUCACUUAGAUUUAGUCAGCUACAGUAACAAUUCAUGUUCCCCUCUCUUAAUUUACUUGGUUUUUAAGACUUUGGGUUGAUGGCCUAUAAGUAUAAUGCACAGAUGCUUCAUAUAAUUUUGUGGCUUGUGAAUUGUGUUAAACCCUUUUUGCAGGUUGUUGGCUUGUUGAUUUAUGUGACAUAUUUUAGAUAUGGUAUAUUUGAUUGGCAGUUGACAAGCUUUAGCUUGGUUUAUUUGGGCAUUGCAAGUUAUCAUAAAAAAAGGGUUUAUCUAUGAAAUUCAGCAUGAAAAGCUAACUUAAUGCAGUUCAAAGUAGAUUGUCCACUGAAUUCCUUCUGUUUGACAUUGUUAUUUAAGAUCAUCUUUUAUUGUUGGAGAGGCUUUUGCAACUCGCCCCUUAGAAUCUUUUGGCAGUGGGAUGCUUUCUUCUUGAAGUCUGCUUUGAGCAUCGUUUAUACAUGCUUUCAUCUUGAAGUCUGCUUUGAGCAUUUUUUAUACACUUUUAGGCAGACAGUUAAAGAAGACAAAGCUCUCAUAUACGAGGACUGGAAAGAAAAUAUUCUGCCUCUUAUGGAUUCAGCUGCUCAAAGUCUUAAUCCAAGUUUUUUUGGCAUUGAAGACUACUUUGCUGCAAAAAGUCUUAUUUCUUCUCGGUCUUUUGAGAUAGAUGAGUACCAUGGAUUUGGGAUGGUUCCUUUGGCAGAUCUGUAAGUAUGCCUUGUUUGUAAUGAUGGUAUCUAGAUUAUUCAUUUACCUAUUAUCAUGUUUCCUGGACAGUAUGUAUGUGAAAGCUUUGGGGAUUUUGUUUUUCACCAUUAAUUCCAUCU